UAUAAAUCUGGUGAAGACUUUUCAAAUUCCCACCUUCAACAACCAUCUCUUUUCAACCUCAACGAUUACUUGAACCACGACACGCAACUGUCGAUAUGCCUUGUAGAGACGAGAGCCACAACCAUCGCUGGCCAAAGGCCGGCACACUCACCCUCUGCAAAUGCGAGAUCUUUUGCGGGUAUUGUGAGGGAGAAGAUGCUAAGAAGGUUCACACGCUGCAAUGGGAACUUCGUCACCAUGUUAGAGUCGUACACACUGGCUCCGAAGGACUGGAUGUCAGAGUGAGCCCUCGAUCGAUGCCCCAUAUGGCCAUCAACCCCAAGAAACGCAAACAUGCAGAGGUCGAGCAAGACGACAGUGACGACAGUGAUGAGGAUUCUGACGAAGCCGAGUCUUCUGAAGAGGAAGUCAAGGCUACAUCGGGUGAGAGUAGUGAAGAAGGCUCUAAGAAGCUCAAGCCCCUGAUGGUCCAUUCGAGGGCACCUUCGGACCCCUUCGUGAACGCUGACAAGAAGGAUACCAAGUCUGCACCAACUCCUCUUCGACUCCGUGCUAAGGCUGUCGCUAUGCCCAAGAAGGUUCCAUUGAGCACUCAUGCAGCUUCUUUCAAGCCGAUCGGACCCAAAGCAGGUCCAUCUUCACGUAAGCGUGCCAGACAGGAGACAUCGGCUGGACCUCCACCUCCAGUUACCAGGAGAAUGGUCUCUGGACCUCCGCCCCGGGCUCUUGAAGUCCGACAAGGCAUGGUUCAGGCUGGUUCGGUGACAAAUGGUCCCCUGGUCAACAGUGUACUUUCUGAACAACAACGUGCGUUUGUUGUUGCCAGGAACGCUGCAGAGGUACAAGCAAGUGUGAAUGCUCAAAGACCUCUCGGCAAUCCUCAACAGAUGCCCAGCAAUGGCCCACCUCAGCCCCAGGGACGCAACAACAUAGGACCUCCCAUCAACGCUCAGCCCAGACAGAUGCCCAGUCAACUUCAUAGCCGUCUUGUGAACGUCAUUCCUCCUCCUCUUCAAUUGAGUACGUCCGACCAGGACUUCUACCGCAGGAACUCUGCAUUCCCUGAACAGCAUCAUGACAUGCCGCCUGAGCUCCUUCGCAUCCGCCAAUUGACGCAAGAUCUACUCACCAAUCACAACGCCAGCGAGCUACUUCUCAUCAACAUGUACACUACCGAGAUCGAGUUCAUUAGACAGCUGCAAACACGCCGUUGGAUCUCAAAUGCACAUGGUCAGGGCUACAUCGGCAGUGUCCAGCAUGCUCAUUGGUUGGCACAGCAGCAGUUACAGCAACAGCUUUCACCUCAGAUGAUGCAACAAUUAGUUGGAGGAUAUGUUCAUGGUCACUUGAUGCUUACUUCUCAGCCCGGACUAGGUCAGGGUGGUCAACAGCCUUAUCCUCAGCAACAGGCCUGCCAGCAGUUUGCUCCUCACCCAAUGCACCCGAUGGGUGUUCAGCAAGCUGGCCAGAGUCAGCAGGUCGGCGGUCAACAGUAUCAGCAGCCAGUCCAGCGUCAAGUCUCUGGUGGACACCAACCUGGCUUGCAGCAGCAGGGAGCCCUGCAAUUUGCUUCUCGUCCUAUGCAGCAGAUGAGCGUUCAGCACCCCAGCCAGGUCCAGCAGCUUGGAGGUCCGCAACCUCAGCAGACUGCCCAACGCCAGGUCUCUGCAGGUCAACAACUCGGCCCCCAACGUCAAGUCUCUGGCGGCCAACAGUUUGCCCCACAUCAGGUCUCUACAGGUCAACAACCCAAUCUCCAACGCCAGGCCUCUGGUGGCCAACAAUCUGGUGUUCAACAGCGCUUCGUCCAACCUCAAACCUUUGCUGGACAACAGCUUGUUGUUCAGCAAGUCAACCCCCAGCGAUCUGGCCCUCAGCAACCUAGCCCUCAGCAGUUGGGUGUCCAACAGCUUGCACCUCGUCCACAUGCACCACGUCCGCUACCUUCGCCUCAGAAGUUCGGUCCAUGGCUUCCUGACCAACAGCAACUCCCUCAACAGAAAUCUGCUCCUCAAGCUCAAGACCAUGCUCAGGAAGCUCCUCAGCCAGUUUCUCAGCAGGUUCCUCAGCCGGCCGUCAACCAACUCACCGAACCUCAACAGCACCACUCCACUCAUCUCGACGGUCAACUCAUGCCUCGUGAUCAAAGUCAGGAGAAGGUUGACGAGCAGACCAAGGGUCAGAUCGCCACGACCGAAGAAGAGAAGCCAGAUGCUGGAAAGAGCAUCAAGGAAGAGACUGUCUGAUUGCGAACUGUAACCGAAGGAUUGUAUCACUGCAAGAUAGUAACAGGGGAUGGGGGGAACAGCAGCACAAGGAUUGUCCGAUCAAUCAAACCGCCAAAGAGUUUGGUAAUGCCAAACGGAUGAGGACAAGAGACAAGAGACAAGAGACAAGAGACAAACAAGAGUUCGGAAA